AUGCCGGAGUGUAAUACACCCAUUCCCGAUGAUAUUUGUUUCUCGAUCAUGGCCUUUCUCGAUGCUAAAACCAUUCUCAAAUCAUGCAUUACCAUUUCAUGGCAAUGGUACAAAAUAUCCGCGAGUUUAGAACAUUCUUUGACUCUCUAUCCAAGAAAGAAAGAAAGUCCUAUCGGAACCAAAUUAUCAAAUUGUUUAAUUCUUUGCAAAUUAAGAGAAAUUCAUUUGAUCAUGAUGUCUGGAAGCUCGAUCACUCACGAUCAGCUCAGUAUAAUUUUUGGAAGCGAGAAAACUCGUUACUUGAAAGUGUUAGAGUUGGUGAAUUGUCCUCUCACAACUGUUGAUUGUAAACAAAUAGCGAAGAGUGAAUUUGCCGCUCACCUUGUGACACUAAAAUUACAAAAUUGUCAUAUUGGCUCAGCGUCCCUUUUGGAGUUGGUCGAAUGCAACAACUUUCCAAAUUUAACAAGCUUGGACUUGUGUCAUAACCCACAAAUUCAGGGAUGGCAAUAUUUACUUGCAGAAGAUGGUUCAACUAGUAUUAUUAAACAAUUGAAAGAACUGAGAUUGAAUGAUUGUGGAUUAGGCCCCAAUGCAUUUCUUCAUAUCAAGUCAAAGUUUCCCAAUUUAGAAAAAUUUAUUGAUGUCUACGGAGGAUGUGUUUAUGUGAAAACGUUGGUUGGUAAAAUUUACGAGUUUCCUAUUACCAGCUCAGAAAUGAAAUAUAGUGACCUACCUCCGUUGCUGUACGACAAGGGCGAAUUCUUCGACAGGUUUGCUUGCCUUUUUUCAAAAAAGCUUGUCACCGAUGAUCCAGUAGUGCCUGGAGCAAUGGUUCAUGGGGUAAUAAGACUGUGA